GUUCAAGAGUGUCACAAAUAGGAGUGUCACAAAUACAAUACACAACGCUCUAAACACUCUGUCUUCUCACUAGGAUUUCCGGCGACACUUUCUCUACCGACAACCUGAAGCCAGUGCGGCAGUAAUGCCGCCGGCGGAGGGAAUCGGCCCGAAGCAAGCUACGGUGAAGAUCUCCUAUGUGGCGGUGGUUAGGGAUCCUCUCCCAGGCCACCGCGUGCAGGCUCAACCUGUUUCUUUCGCAAGCGUAGACUACCAAUCUAUCGAUGGCAAGACAGGGCGAUUCAGAGGUUUCCCGUCUGUCAAUUUCUCUGAUUCGGAUAUUCAGGUACCAUCUACGUCUUUGCGGUACGCUCUUGUGGGAACCUUUCCGAAAGGCAGGCCACCCCUUGUAGCGAUUCAGAAAGCUAUGGCGGCCCUAGGUUUUUCACAUGCCUAUUCCGUCGGUCUUCUCCGACCGCACCUGAUUCUCUUUAAUUUCCAACCCGAUUCAGAUUUCCAACGAUUUUGGAUUAAAAAGUCUUGGGAUUUUUACGGAUUUGCGAUGACCCUAACCCGUUGGAACCCAUCCCUCUCGGUCAAUUGUGAUUCCCCUUUGGCCCCAGUUUGGGUGGCCCUCGAGGGACUGCCUGUUCACCUUCACGAUGGCAGGGCACUCUUCCACAUAGCUGGUCUAUUGGGGAGACCACUUCUCACUGAUUCUCCAACUGCAAAUUUCACGAGACCAUCUACUGCCAGAUUUUGUGUUGAAAUUGAUGUCUCUAAAGUUUUACCCUCUAAAAUAUGGAUUGGAAAUGGGAACACAAGCUUCUUUCAACCCGUACUGUACGAACAACUCCCAAUUUACCGUAAUUCUUGCUCUCGUUUUGGACACGAAAAAUCUAUGUUCCACCAAAACGAUUUGAAUAGGGAACCAAUACCUUUGAUGCCUUUACAUGCAAGCUCAGGUCUGUGAAUUGAGUGCCCCAAUUUUUGAAGCUCCUGCUGUUAAGGUACCUGAAGCAAUUCAGGCACCUGUGGUUAAGGGUCCUGUUGUAGGUGCUUUUGCAUCUAAUGAUACCUUUUCUGUUGAGGCUCCCCUCUUUGAUGCCAAUGUUGAUACUCAGAUUACCUGUGAUGACUUAGCUGCCACUCUGGUUUCUGAGGUUCCUGUGGAUGCACAGAUUCUUCAAUCUGUUGAUUACCAGGUUCCUGCGCCAGAUGCUUUUGAAACACCUGUUGAUGCAGCGCCAAAUGCCCCUGCAAUUUUUAAGGCUAUUGUGAACUCACAGGUUAUCACACCCGUCGACACUCAGUUUAAAACCCCGGUGGUUUUUCAAUCCCCUGUUGAUGUCCAUUGUCCAUAUCACUGCCCCUGAGGUUUUACAAAUUCCAGUUUGCACUAACCAACAACUGGUUACCAGCCAAACCUCUGUUGUACAGGUUGCCCUUGAUAAAAAUUUUGAAUGUGAACUGAUUCCUGAUGCGUGUCAAUCUGGCAGCAAUGCCAAUGCUACAAACCUUGUCUUAAAUAACGAACAACCCACGGUGGCCACCUCUAACAAGUUGGUAACUGUUAGCAAGGCGGUAACUGUUGGUGUAGUUCAUCCGGAAAUGACGGUGCCCACUGAUACUCACUUGAUUGAAGCUACUGCUGCCAACAGAAACCACAACACAUAUACAGGAUAUGAUGAACUUAGUUCUGAUCCCAAUGAAUGUGAACUGAUUCAUGAUACCACAAUAACCACUUAUUUGUCCAAUGAUGAGGCUAUAUCUGAGGACCCCCAUAUUAUCCAUCAGUUUUCUAAUGUUACAGAUUUUCAGGGUACCGAGCCCGACUGUCCUAAGGGAUUCACACAGGUAAUCAACAAGAAAAAACUAUCAAAGACACCCCAAGAGGACAAACAACUAUACUAUGAGGUGGGAUACAGUUCUCGUCUCAUGAUCACAAGAAGUCAAUCCAAGCAACCCCGAGAUGAAACUGAUUACUUCCUUUACCCGGUUGACGCGAGGCUUGAAUCGCCACAUCAAUUGGCUGAGGCGCUUCAGAGAUACAAAACAUCCUGCCCGAACUCCAAAACUUACCAACCGUACCUGCGGAAUGCAAUAAGGUUCCACAACAAAUACAACAGGACUAUAUCAUCCUCUAUGGGAAUUCCAACAAGGAACUUUAAUUGCUAUUGUCUCUCUUAUCUCUACUUUCUCAUUACCCACUUGUACUUUUUAUUUCCUUGUAUCUUUCAAGUUUUUCUAAAUAAUUAUUACUCCCUCCGUCCCAAUUUGUAAGAUACUUUACGGUUUACGAUGUUUGAUCGACGAUAAAGCAAAUUUAUCCGUGGCAACACUCAAAUUAGUUUUAGAAAAUAAAGUUUACAUAUUCAGAAACUUUAUUAAAACCGCUACAAAAUCUGCAAAAAAUAAUUCAAACUUCAUAAAGUUUUGAUAUAUAAAGUAAAAGAUUAAGAGUGAUUUAUGUUGACCAAGUGAAUAGUAAAUGUAUCUUACAAUUUGGGACUGAGGGGGUAAUAAAAUUCGGAAGUGUUCCCUGACACUUCCUCCACCGCACGUGGUUUGCUCCAGGACAAAAAAAAUAGUUUUUUGUUCUUAUUAACCUAUGGGAAAAUGGAAACUAAUAUUCUACCCUUUUAGCGGUCU